CUCCACCUCUCCCGAUACUCAUUCGCAACAUGGCAGGAGUUGGACAAGUUAGGGCUGUGCCGUUGCCGCAGCCCGAAGAAAGCAAUAAGACAUGCCUCAGACUGGUGACCGAUCUCUCGCGAGUGAUGCCUGCGGACUUGCGGCUUGACUUUGACGUGGCAGGCUUCUCACUUGAGACCAACUUUAUCGGCGUGGCCAUGGAUGAUGUCGGCGUCCAGCUCAUCUCGUCGAACCAGUGCCAACUGCGGAAUCUGGCUACUGGAUAUCACUUGGUGCGGGCGUUCCUGGUGUACUCGGAUCACACGUGUGUCAAGUCGGACAUGGCGUACGUUGAAGCCGAGUUCUACGUCAAGCGGCAGCUCGUCCAGCUCGAGCGGCCGUUCAUGUUUGGCCAGCCAUCGAUCAUCACCAUCCAGGCCGACCAGGUCAUCGACUUUUUCGUCCACAACGUUGAUCUCUCACCCGAGACCUAUGCUGUGCGUAUUGUUGUCGACAACGAGGUUGUUGACGACGUCGACGAGUGGGUUCCGUACGAGCUCGAGGGCCUGCAGCCCGGCGAGCACACGCUCCGCCUCACCCUCAUCAACACCUUUGGCGAGGAGAUCACGACUCCCAAGUAUAACGCCAUGGUCCACACCUUUUUCACCUAGUAUGCACUCCUUACAUGGCGCGAGCCCGCGCCGCCGCUCCUCCGCUGUCGGCCUGCAGGCCCGCCGCCGGAGCCGACGCCAGCAGUGGCGCAGACUCGGGGUCGAGACCCAGCCGCGGGCACGGCUUGGAGCGCGGCGGCGGCGGCGGCUCGAUCUCUUCCAGCGUUGCCGUCGCGGUCUCGAGGUACUCGUACGACGAGGUGAGCCACAUGAACAUGCCGAGGAAGAGCGCCAUGAGCAGGGCGAGGCCGUAGAAGACUGGCGGGCGAGCUCUAGAGACGUAGGGCAGCGAGAAGAGGCCGGCGUCGAGGAGCGAGCCCAUGGCCUGAGUCAGGCACCACAGCGCCGUCACAAUGUUCUUCAUGGCGGGCGGCGCCUGCGAGUACGCAAACUCGAGGCCGGGUACGGCCACCAUAAUCUCGCCGAGCGAGAUAAAGAUGUACUGCGGGAUCUGCCAUGCAAUGGUCACCGAGUUGGCCGGCUGCGAGUCGAUGUAGACCUGCAACGUGCCAGUGAGGACGUUGGCGAUCGAGACGGCCGCCAUACCACACGCCAUUCGCCCGAGCGUCGACAGCGGAUGCCCACGGAGUCGCGCGUACAGCGGAUACACCCCAUACUCCAUGAUCGGGAUGAGGACAACGCAGAGGAUGUCGUCCAGCGACGGCAUGAUGUCCGGCGGAAUCCGGAUAUUGCCCUUGAGCGUCAGCGACAUCUGCUCGCCCUGGAAAAUCCACACCGACGACUGGAGAUAGAGCAGGGCCCAAAAGACA